AUGGCAACCAUCGCACUCGACUUGCAGCGACCAUCCCCGACUCGCUUGCGCAGGCACUCGGACGGCAUCGCGUCCUUCCCUUCCCUCUCCCUCUCCCACCUCUCGCAAUCGACCCUCUCCUCCGCCAGCACGGCGUCAGACGAGUCUGCGCCACCCUCGGUCAUCUUCUCGUCCAACGCUCCGUCGCCCUCGUCCUCGCUCGCGUCCUCCCCGCUGCUCGAUGUAAAGCGGACGGGCUUUGCUUCUUCCUCCGCCGCAGUCCCGCCCUUGUCCCUCUCGCCUCCGAUAGCCGCAAACGCAACGCCAUUCCCUUUGCAGUCCCACACUGCACCAGUCCCGUCCCAACCGACGCCCACCGAGCUCGCCGUCUACGCAUCGAACGUGAUCCGCAACGAGGCCUACGCGCUCCUCGCCCUCGCCGCACGCCUCGCGCCCGCCGCCCACCCGCUCAUAGACGACGAAGGAUCGUACCUCGCCCACUACUCGCCCGCGAGCGACGCAGCGUCGACCUCGGGCAGUGACGAGGACGUUGGCGAUGGACGAUCGUCCGGAUCCGACCUCGGCGCAGAGACGAGGACGAACCAGGCGUUCAGGCAGGUCGUCGACCUGAUUCGCAGCAUGCCGCCGCACGGAAAAGUCCUCGUCAGCGGGAUCGGAAAGUCGGGCAUCGUCGCGCGCAAGAUGGUCGCGACGUUCUGCUCGCUCGGCAUCCAGUCGGCGUUCCUGCACCCGGUCGAGGCGCUCCACGGAGACCUCGGCAUCGUCUGCUCGUGCGACCCGCUCUCACCCUGCGACACCCUCCUCCUCAUCUCGCACUCGGGCGCGACAGCCGAACUCAUGCGUCUCGUACCUAUCAUCCGACCGCGCGUCCGCUCGCUCGUCGCAGUCACGCGCGACCCGGACUCGGUCCUCGCGAAAUCCUGCCACGGCUGGCUCGACGCGGGAACGGGCGUCUACCCGUCUAGCUUGCCCAAAGGCACGACGGACGAAGCGGAUUCGACGCUCCCGGCGCCCACGAGCAGCGUCGUCUCGGCGCUGGCGAUCGGCGAUGCGUUGGCUUUGACGCUGAGCAGGCUCAGGAUCGGGUGGGACAAGGGAGGCAAGGAGCGGAGGCAGGAGUUCUUCCAUUGUCACCCCGGCGGACAGCUGGGCAUCCAGCUCGGCCGCGAAGGUCGCGGAGUCGAUGUUCCCGCUUCUCCUCCCUCCGCACCCGUCAUCCCCGUCGCCGCAACACCCGCACCCGCAGCCGCAUCUACCACGCACACUCUCGUCCACUCGCUCGCAGCCUAG